CCAGCUUCUCCGAGAUGCACCACGACGACACAGAUUAGAGCUUCGCCUGCUCGUUCGUAUGCCUUGAUGUGCCAGCCUAGCUCUUCGGCAUGUACUGGCCGAUUGGAGCCCCGAGGGUAUAUGCAGCCACCAACAGAAAAGCUCGCAGGGACCGCCUUUUGGAAUCUGACGAUGAUGCGGAAUCGCGCGAGACGACCGAGGGCAGCGGAUCGCUGGUAGAUGCUCCGAGCAACGGGUCCGAAUUGGAGGAUGAAAUUGACAAUGAGAUACCCUCGGAGCUAUCAACUCCAGUAACGCCAAUGACUCCAGGCAUCCAUCCCCUGGAACACGAUACCCAACGACACCUCUCUUCGCGGCCAGCUGGACAUGACUCUACAUUAUCAGGAUCUCUUGGGAAGGAACCCUUAUUGUCACUAAAGAUUUCGAGGACGGGGCAUCUUUUCGCAGUAAUAACGUCAACUUCGUUGACAAUUUGGCAGACGAAGCCAACUGCCAUAUUAGCCGUAGUGGUCCGCUCGAGGAAAUCCUUGAGCACCUAUGGCUCUAAUGUUUCCCUUCUCGUACGUCCCGACUCUGCGAUAUUCGUUGUACAGACGACUUCGGGAUAUCUGAUCACCUAUACACUCGCUACAGACCCUGACGCCCGGGUGUAUCGACCUCAUUUUACAAAUCACACUAGUGGGCAAACUCGAAGACAAAGUAAUUUUAGCGGAGCACGGAGUCAAGGAGGCGAUAGGAUCCUCUGGGGCCCUGGAGAGGGAGGCGGAGCCCGGGAAGUUUCAGUACGAUUUCGAAUGGUGAUCAAAGUUGACGCUGGAAUUGGCAAAGCGCUUGCACUUGAUGAUGAAUUAGUUGUUGCAACACAGAAACCGGCAGCAGUGCAAUGUAUACGUUGGACCCCUGAUAGUGCAGGAAACCAAACGAGUACAGAAUUGUUCAGUCGGAUGGAUUGGCUGCCAAAGAAGACCACAGUAACCGAAAUGAUCCAUGAUAGACCGAUGAACCUUUCGACAUGGAUAACGAAUGAUGGGAAAGGCUAUGCGGUACAGCGUCUGCCUCAGCAAAAGGAUGCGGAAGCUCCUUCUAAACUCUUCCGGGGCUACUGUUUUCACAGUCCCACUUCACCUGCGAGGAACGCAGUAAAGGCUGCCAUAAAUGCAAGAUUUUCGCUGAUAGCUAUCGGCUGCGUGGACGGGACAAUCCAAGUCUACACAGCGAGGGACUACGUUGGUAACAUUCCUCCAUCUCAUUUGCAUAGGGCAUCGGUGUCAGGUCAAUCUUCGGGUCGUAUAACUUGUUUAUCCUAUUCUCCUGACGGAUAUUAUCUGUUUGCUGGCUUUGAAAAUGGUUGGGCAACAUGGAGUGUGUUUGGGAAGCCAGGUGCCACAAGCUUUGGAUGCGAUCCAAGAAUAUCUGAAGAGCAUGCAGAGGGUUGGCUGGAAGGCGUCAAGGAAGCGACCUGGCUAGGAAGUGGGUCGGAGAUUCUCAUCAUUGGUCAGCAGGAUGAUCGAAUCUGGGCGCUGGAAAUGGCACGAAGUGCUGUAACUGGAUGCUAUGCAUCCGCGAACAUUUCAAGAACCCUGCUUCAGACCACUUCAAGCAUAAUGGUAUAUCGCGGCUACGACUUACCAGAUCUCACCACGAUCUCAGCAGAAUCCUCGCUGUGGCACAAUGCGCAGAUUCCAUCCAGCUACCUCGUGGAUCAGUGGCCUAUGCGAUGCUCUGUCAUUUCAGCAGAUGGCAGAUAUGUUGCAGUUGCUGGUCGCCGUGGGCUAGCACACUACAGCAUAAAUAGCGGCAGAUGGAAGACAUUCGUCAGUGAAAGCAUGGAGAACGAAUUUCAGGUUCGAGGUGGAAUGUGUUGGCACCAGCAUAUUCUGGUUGCUGCCAUUGAGGCUGGUGAUUCAUUCGAGUUACGCCUUUAUUCCCGUGAAGCAGCACUUGACAAUUCACUUGUGCUUCAUGUUGAGAUAGUGCCAUCGCCAGUCGUCCUCAUUACACCAUCCGGAGAUGAUUCGUUACUCGUGUACACAUAUGACAAUCUGUUAUAUCACUACAUUUUCACAACAGUAUCCGGCUCCAUAAAACUUGUCCAAGUUGGGCAGAUUGCAUUUCAUGGCAUCGUCAGAUCUCCUGCUCGGGUCAGAGGACUCAGCUGGAUACUACCGGAUGAUCAACUUCUUGAAGGCGAUCCUUCCCAAGAUGUGGCAGUUGCUACCGUGCUCUUCCUUGUUGACGGCAAAUUGGUUCUACUGCAGCCAUCUUUGAAUGAAGAAGGAAAGCUCAAGUAUGACAUGCGGGUUAUUGCGCCAAACGUCGAGUAUUACACGUUGAUGAGGGACCUUCCUCUCUCCAGUCCGACCCGGAUGAUUGGGACAGGAAGUGCGUCAAUUGGUAACCAUCUUGACAGGGACGAAGGGAAUGGUCUGCGAGAUUCUUUGUGGGUGUUCGAUGGAAAGGAUGUCAAACUGUGGACCGAUGUUCAAGAUGUCCUCUGCUCAGCUCCCUCGGAACUGGGCCGGGAACUUCCUCCAAUGGUGUCAAUAUCGGUGGACUUCUACCCUCUAUCGGUUCUUCUAGGAAAGGGGAUCCUUCUUGGCGUUGAGCCAGAACUUAUCCAGCGACGUGAUGUGAACUUUGCCUUCUUCAGGUUCGCAAUCCGGACCCAGUUGUUUGUUCCAGAAGUCCUUCGCUUUCACUUGUCUCGAUUCGACUCAUCGGCUGCGCUGCACAUUGCACAUCGGUAUCAGAGCCUGGAGUAUUUUCCUCAUUCUCUUGAGAUCCUUCUGCAUAAUGUUCUUGAUGAAGAAGUUGAUAAUCAACCAACCCCUGAGAAUGCGCUACUUCCAGGCGUUCUGUCCUUCCUAUCGUCAUUCCCACAAUAUCUGGACAUCGUUGUUCAGUGCACGCGAAAGACUGAAGUACGCUCAUGGCGUACUCUAUUUACAUACUUACCGCCACCGCAAGAACUAUUCGAAGAAUCUCUGCAGCGAGGUUCGUUGAAAACCGCUGGAGGCUAUCUACUUAUUCUUCACACAUUUGAGGAACUUAGUUCAAGCUCCGAGCAGUUGGUCCGCCUUUUAUCAAGAGCUAAGGACGAAGGGGACUGGGAGCUGUGUAAGGAAUUGGCCCGGUUCCUAACAGCGUUAGAUGAGACGGGGGAUACAUUGAGAGAGGCCCUUGAGAUGGUCAAACUCAGAAGCCCUCAGAAUGAGCGCGGCAAUACAAGCUUUCUAUUCGAAGGCUCACGGUUGAAGGUUCCGCACCGAACCAAGAACGCUCCUGUCACAAACGGAAGCAAUAGCAGCGAUAUUGAUGAGCAAAGUAGCGGCAGCCGGAGCCCAAGAAGUCCGAUGGAUGUUGGUGCACCAGUAGACUAUUUCUCACAGAAGGCUAUGUAAAUCUAAAAUAGACCUCGAGACUUCCAGCAGUCAUAGGUCGUUGUCCCGUAUCUUGUCCAUGGACAUGGAUCUGAACCCUUUCGCUGAAUGGUGCAUAUCGCCGCCCUUGACAUUCGCCUCGAUGCCAUAUUGGCAGAGUUGCCGGUGCUAUUCGUAGAUCUCUGUCUUUUGUUACAUCGAUUCAGGCAUCAUUGUAUUGUUGACUCGAAAUCAUGAUAUCCCAUACCUAUCGUUAUCGGUUCCGCAAUGGUCAAAUUUACCCAGAAUCUGUGCCUCCUUGUCGUGUCGAUCGAUUCAUUGCAGAAGCAUCGUCAAGUGUUGCGAAUAGGCCAGUAUUAUGUCAAGUCCAAUUCUAGGCAACACUGUUCCUGUUUUAUCCGAUACUUUUAUGUCGCGCUCCAUAAGUAUGAGCAAUUUUGCACAACACAAGUAGACAGGUUCGCCAGAUCUACGCAUUCCUUGCUUUCCAGUGCUCCAGCUUCCAGACUAUGAAGUGCCCUUACAUCCAAUUGGGGUCAUGUUCAUCUGAUCAUUGCUGUCGAUAACGGAAAUCGUGAGAUUUAAAGCGUUUGUAAAAGUGUUGGGCAGCAUACUCGUGUGCUGCAUAUGGGUUAUUGAUGCUAUAAGUAUCCCAAAGAUUCGGCGUGUUCGACCUCGGUCAACUCAAGUCCUUCUUCAUAAAGAGAUUCAAAUGUAGCAUACAGUGGGCUUGCUUCAUUGACAGCCAACCUCAUGCCCAUGCCUGCCAUGAGCUGCUAUGUUGCGCGCCAGAAGCAUGCAAAAUCAACUAUCAUGAUUCCUGACAAUCACAGCUUGUAUUGUGUACAACUUCAGAUUAGUGGAGAAAUUGAAAUUUCCGCGAUGUUUUGGGAAGAGAAUUGAUGCGCCUCCAUCAGUCAUCCAAACAUCCUAGGGGAACUUGAGGUAUUGGCUCUACAAAUCGUGAUUGAGGCAUUUAUUUACCUCAGUAACAAAUGGGUUGAGACUCAAAUCAAAUGUCGCCGAAUGCUUAGGCGGUACACACUCACGGAUGAUACUCAAGCAAUUUUCGUGGCACUAGAAUAAG